GUUUGAUUCAUGUUUUAUAAGUCUUGGUUUAAGUGUUUGGUCUUUUCAUGGAUGGUUCAAAUAAAGUGGUGGAGAGCUUAGAAUCUCUAUGGUUUUUCAACAAUGUGCUCACUUUACCAUCAUUUGAGCACAAGGGUCAUCAUGGCUUUGCCCUUCAUGAAGACACAGUCGAGGAAGAAGAAGAAGAAGAAGAAGAAGAAGAAUCAUCGAAACCCAAGAUUCAGGAAACUGAGAUUUUGGUUCCGAGAUGUCCCAAGUGUGGUGAAAUUGCUGCUGGGGUUGAAUUUGCAAAGCCAACAGAGAAAAGGAAGAGGAGGAGAAGGAGAAGAAGCAACAGAAAAGUCCUGGGAGAGCUUGAUUUGGGGCUCCAUUGCAAAUUGGCUUAUGAGUCUUCGUUUUCCGAAGAAAAUAUUGCACGUCCGAUUCCAAACUCUGAAACACCACGGUAUACUAAAAUGCCUCCUUUGAAUGAUGGGUUGGCCAUGAAACAGCACCUUAAAUCGUGGGCUUAUGCAGUGGCAUGUACCGUCAAAUGAAUGUUGGUGCUUGCUUGCUUCAACUUAGAUCCCUCAAAAUUUUCUUCCAUUAUUUGCUAAGUUUCUGCCCCCCUUUGUUUCUCUUAUUAUGCAACUCAUCCACAUGACUGUUAACUCUCU